UGGAAGUAAUGGAAAACUUGAAUUAAUUAAAGUACCAGCAUCACAGGAGCAUCACUGCAAUGUCACAGACGAUUGGUUACCCUAGGAGUCCUCUAGGAUGUCUUGUGAUAUGUCUUUCCUUGUGCCUAUCCCAUGUGGGAAGUAUGGCAGUGGAGGUCCCCUUCAUUGCCAAGCAAAUUCUAAUUUACGGAGGCAAUGGAUUUAUUGGAAGUAGCACAGCCGAGCGUUUGAUAGCUGCUGGACACAACCUGACCCUAGUCAACAGGGGCAACUGGUACUGGGACUCUGGGUAUACAAUCAAACCAUUUGUCCAUCAUAUCCAAUGUGACCGGCUACAACCAGGUAUCAACUGUGAGGAGCUGAUGUACUACACAGCCAACUCAGAAAAAAUUGAUGUUGUUAUAGACUUCAGUGCUUACCACCCAGAAACUCUCACCCAGUCUCUCCAAAAGCUGGGUGCCAAGACCAAACUCUAUAUCUUUAUCAGCACAGACUCUGUGUAUGAUGUAUGUGAAAAGAGUCACACAGAACCAAGUCGAGAAUCUGACGCAGUUCGCCCGUCUUCACAGGAAGUGCGCGAAAAACUAGAGAGGGAGGAGAGUUAUGGCCACAGGAAGCUGAUGUGCGAGGAGAUUUUAUCCACCUUCCGCCAGGAAAAGAACGGACCUGCGUAUGUGAUUCUACGGCUACCCGACGUAGUUGGGCCUCGUGAUAACACGUACCGCUGGUGGGUGUAUCAGCUGUGGAUGAAGCUGAGGCCAUUUUUAGAACAGGAUGUGGUGAUUUCAGAAAGAACGGCAUCGCAGCCGAUGAGUUUGGUUUAUGUUGAAGAUGUCGCGAAUCUAAUUGUGAGCUUAGUAAACAAGGUCCCACCUGCGGCAGUGGACCAAGUGUUCAAUGUAGCGCAGAAAGAAACCAUCACGUUAAAGGAGUUUGUCAAUGGCAUAAAAAAUGAAUUAAACCUUACGAAUAUUAACAUUUUUACAAGCAGCAAACCUGAUACUAUUAUGCUCUUACCAUCAAUUCGAUCAGGCCCAGUCGAUGUCACCAAGGCAGAACAAAUUUUAAACUGGACCACAACACCUUGGAAUAAAGUGGUGAAAGACACUUGCAGUUUUUAUGAAGACGCUGUUCACAACAUUCGUUUUGAUAAGCAUUUGAAAGAUAUGAUUCGAAAUUUACAAACCUAUUUGACUUCCAAGCCUUAUGAGGUCAUUCAAGGAUUUGAUGAGGUUUAUGGGUUAUCUUUUGCAAAUCCAAAGGAUGAGCUUUAAAUGUUUAGGUUUUUUAGCAAAAUAAUAAAAUGGUGCAAGGGUCCAUCCAUAAAUGCAAUUUUUCUUUCUAAAAUAUUUAAUACUUCCAGUCAACACAGAGUAUAUGGAUCAAUUUUAUUGUAAUUUACAACAAAAAAAUUCUUUAAAAGUGUUAAAUAAUGGUUAAAAUUCAAAUUUUAUACUUCCUUAUUGAAAAUGCAAAAUUGUGUAGUUACACUGUCUGAACUCCCUCUCCCCCUCAUGAAAAAAAGUCAAAAACCUCUGUU